AUGGCUGCCACGGCUUCUUCCAGCGCAAAAGAUGCCCUCGACUUGAUUCGAGAGGCGAUCAGAUCCACACCCAACCCGGUGGACCCGCUGGCAUCGAUACAGCUUCUCGACAGUCAGUCCGCACCAGUUACAUCCAUUCUUCAAGCAUCUUCCAUCAAGGUUGGUGGAGCCACAUUGAACAAGUCUACCACCACACGCCUCGCAAGAUCCAGAGACGACCUCGCCUCUCGUCGUUCCUCUGGCAACCUUCCGCACCCGGACGCAGAGCCUUCGUUCUUCUACGAUGUCGAAGCCGUGAUCCUCGCCCUGCAAGCGCGCGAUGAGCGUCCAGGUGCCUAUCUCGCCCAAGCGGCCACCGCCAAAGUGGCAUCGUUUCCGACGCUCGACAGGGCGGCGAUCCUCGACUACCUGCUGGGCCGACGAGACGACUGGGCGGGUGUGCUCCAACUCGCUGACCUUUCCUCCGCAGCAACAGCAUCGACCGGCACCGCCUCCAUCGCUACCACCAGCGCGGAUGCUUCUUCCGCCGCCGAGGUCGGAGGCGUCAAGCGUGCGUACCAGGUCAACGCGCGCGAUGUCGAGUAUGUCAAACGCGUCAAGGGGACGUACGAGAUCGUGCUGCGAACGCGCAACGAUGCGCUGCGGGGCAAUCUGGCCGGUCUGACGGGCGGUGCGGCCGUCUCGCGCGUCUCGAGCAAGGUGGCCGACUUUGAAUCUUUCCGACGAUCAUUUUCGGCGAAAGUGGAAGCGGCGCGGCGGGCAGCGGGCAAGGCGCCACCCCCCGGAAGUGCUCCAUCGGCGUCGAGACCAGGUGUGUCUGCUAGUGGCCAGGUGAGGAAGCAGCGAGCACAGGAUCCCAUCGUUGUGCUGUCGAGUUCGCCCACGAGUCUGUUGAACAUGUUCAACAUCAAGCAGUUUUUGGAAGAAGGCGUGUUUGUGGCGCCGGAAGAGGCGAGGCAGCGAGCGCGCGGGGUCGCAGACCUCGUCGUCUCCAUCACCAGCCGCGGCGGCACGGGCGCUCAGGGUGGCGCGGCGGGCGUAGGAAUCGGGAGGAGGAUCUUGGUGGUGGACAGUGCUGAGGCCGUGACGAGGUUGGGCGGGUCCAGCGCCUCCGCCCCCGGAUCGGAUCCGUGGAAUCGCGUCAUUGCCGUCUUCACCACCGGCCAAGCAUGGCAGUUCAAGACCUACCGAUGGACCGAGCCGAGGGAGCUGUUCAAGAACGUCAUGGGCGUCUACGUCAGAUGGCACAACGAGCCGCAGAACCCCAAUGUCAGGGAUUGGAAUGUGGUCGAGGUGCAGGUGGAUCGGAACAAGAGGCACACCGACAAGCAGGCGGUGAGCCACUUUUGGAGGCAGCUCGAGAGCUGGACGCAGCGCAGGAAGCCGAACCUCAUUGCAUAA